CCCGUAUGGCUCCUACAGAGCUUCAACAGCGUCAGCAGCGGCAGGCUCGGCAGCCCAGCUUACUUCUGGUUCUUCCUCUACUGCUACAUCUCAGCCAUAUACAUAUCAGCAGCAGCCCUUUCGUGGCAAACUCACAAGGCGUCAACCACAGCCCAGCGACGUAUGCUUCAACUGUUUUUCCACUGGACACUGGAAAACCAACUGCCCCAAAAACAAGUCACAAAGUCAAUGAUAAGUAUACAGAAAUUUCAGAUUUGAUGGAAAACAAACGUAUUUUAGAAGUUCCUUUUCAGCCAUUUGUGUGUAGUCCACUGAGUGUCGCCGAAAACAAAAAUAAAAAGAGAUUGAUCCUUGAUCUAAUUCCGGACAGACGAAUCGAUGAUGCUAUCUGUUGUCUACAGAAAACUAUCACUCAUUUUCCAAAUGUAACAGCGAGGGAACUUGCAAGAGUAGUGGGGAAGAUCAUUUCUAUGACUCCAGUAAUGGAUAUAUUUAAAGUGGGCAGAUGGACGGGAAUUAAUUGUGGAUUACAGGAUCAUCGUCUAGCGGAACUUGCUUCUGAACUACCCAGAUAUUGUGUAACAUCUAAGGUCGAAAAUACAGCAAAACAGUACAGGUACGCUUUUAAUACCUUUUGUUUUGCAGGAUUUCUGAGAUUUUCAGAAAUAGUUAACAUUCGUUACUCAGAUAUCUGUAUACAGACUAAUUGUGUAGAAAUUAACAUUGUUAAAAGAAACGUGACAGACUCGACAGCAAUUUAUACAUAUGAACUGAUGAAUGAUUAUCAUGCCAACAAACUUGAAGUAAUUCCAGAGGUGGUGAGUGCAUUUAGCAAAUAG